AUGAGCAGUCUGCUACCAGUAUUACCUAUUCCCGAAAGAGACGAGCAUUCGUCUCAUAUGGAAAAUAAGUUCGAGCUCAUCAAGUUGGAGGAGAAUGUGUAUCAAGGGAAGUACCCAUUGGAGACUUUUAUGGCCGGGGCCAGAGGAACAUAUGGGGGAGAGUUUGUGAGUCAGUCGAUGCUUGCUGGAUGGGCCACCGUAGAGAAUCCAGAGUUCACCCCACACUCUUUCCAUUCAUACUUUGUCAAGGCCGGGAGCCUUGAUUCCCCCAUGAAGUAUGUCGUAUCUAGAAAUAAUGAUGGUAGAAACUUUGCUAACCGUUCGGUUCAUGUCUACCAGUCUACGCUGAACAUACUUUGCUUUGUGAUGAUCAUCUCAUUCACGAGGAAGAACACCUUACAAAAGAAAAUUGACUUUUUCAAGAGUGAUCUUACAAAGAAAGCCCCGAUCCCGUUUGAAAUACAAGGUAGUCCUCACUACUUCAUCAAAAAAUACGCUAAACAGUUGGAUACAUUGCCACUGAUCACUAGUACCAACGACAACUUGCAACAUAUCUUACCCCCAGAGUACUUCGACUUGAAAAGAACGAAAAACACCAUAGAUCAGCAGACCGAACCCGGUGACAGAAAGCUCGGUUUUUUUGUAAGAUGUUUGGACGACUUGACCAAAGCUAAAAACCCUACCAAAUCCAAGUACGUGGACUUGGGUUUUCUUUCAGAUAGUUUCUAUCUUUCCGCUAUUGUGAGAGUAUUGGGAUUGCCCUUCAAAUACAAAAAUUUGCAAUUCUUCCGAGUGUCCUUAGACCAUAGCGUAUACUUUCAUGAUACAGACUUCGACCCUACAGUGUGGAUGUUCAUGGACUUCAAAUUCUCCAGAUACCUGAACGAUCGCUUGUUGUGCAACUGUCAGUUAUUCACCAUGGAUGGAAGAUUGGUGGCCACAAUUAACCAAGAGGCCUUGGUGUAUCUCCUGAACGAAAUCAUAAACAAUAUACCUAGUCACUCAAAGAAGAGUAAGAUUAUAAAGUUGUAG